AUGACAAAGGAAGGCAUAGAGCGAGAUCUGUCCGCCGAGUCUCCGGGUUUGAAACAUGUCGAACGCUACCUAGAGGCCCUUGAAGAGAUGUGGCUCUUUAUGAUCGACAAUCACAAUAAAUUAAUCUAUUAAAAGUGUCUAUGACCUUUUGAGGAAGUGCCCUUCUUCCAUCUCAAGGAAUAGAACAUAGAAAAACAAAAAGGUCGGUUGUAAUGAGGAUAUAAUUACAUCAACUUCAUCUACCAUGCUUGCACCAGUGGAGGCAUCAAAUUUCUAAGAAUCGUCAGCAGGAGUUUGACGGCUUUGCCGACAAGUGGAGGAAGCUCUUGACGCGUAGCAGCGGGACAGACGUAGCAGGCAAAUUGAGGCAAAUAUAUCAGCCGGAAACGGCAGAGAGGGGACCAAGUGUCACGCGUGAUGUGCAAAGCGAGGUACGCACGACCAUGGAACGUUGGAUGAAAAGCGACGUCGAUGAGCGACUGCGACCUGACGAAUCUACUAAGGAAAAACUUCCGAGCUUGCUGGCGGCUGCUGCAGCUCAAAACCUGUACUCAACCGACGUCGAAGAAUUGCUCGAUUGGAUUACACUUAUGAUCCACAGUUUUUACUUAAUUAUAAGUAAGUAGAAGGAGUGUCAAUGUCAUAUAGAUACGUAUUGAUAAGAUCAUGAACGAUCCUCAGGUGAACGAUAUCAGUUGCUUUUACCAGGGAAGUGCGUACAAUCUUCCAGGGAUUGGGAAUGUGGUUGAAUAUUAGUACGGUCAAAAUACUAUAAUUAUCUAUAUUAUAAACCAAAACUUAUUUUGAAUGCUAAACAGGAGUGAGUUUACGGCUUGAGAUGUACGCAAAUCAUGGCAAAGAUGUACGGGCGAGAUGUAUACGUCUGAGAUAUAUAUCUCGAGAUAUAUAUCUUCUACGUAAAUCACGGGAAAGAUGUACUCUUGAGAUGUACUUACACCGGGGCGAUUCAUAGUAGGUUUCCAAAAUUCCACUUUUUUGAGAUGUACGGAAAUCAUGGGAAAGAUGUACGGGCUAGAUGUAUACAUCUCGCGCCGUAAAAAUGCCGCGUUUUUGAGUACAACUUUCCCGCGAUUCUGCUCCUGCUAAGGCUUUCGGCAGUACCUCAAAACCCUGAACCAACAGCACAAGCCAAGGACUGCGCUGCAUGGACAAAAAACGAAGAGCGAAGCGCCUCAGCCUGGGGCCAGUCAUCUCAUGAAGAAAAUCCGCUGCGUCUGCGUAUGUGCUACAAAAAGGACCCACAUGCAAACAAAGAAACGCAAACAGAGGCAAGCACCCAGCAGCUACACGCUGAGCAAGUUAGCACCUGCGCGCUUUUUGGAUCAGGCGCCUGAGCUGGCUCAAAGGGUCAGACCUUUCAAGCAGGUCAAAAGUAGACAGCGACUUCAUAAAGCUGCGCGCUUUGGGUAAGGAUUUCGAGCUGACUCAAAGGAUGGGGCCGCUCAAGCACGUCAAAAGUAGGCAGCAACUUCAUAAAGCUGCGCCUUUUGGAUAAGAAGUCUGAGCUGGCUCAAACUAAAAGGCUGGGACCUUUUAAGCACCUCGAAAGUGGACAGCAAUCUCAUAAGUUUGCGCUUUAGGAUAAGGAGUCUGAGCGGGCUCAAAGGGUGGGACCUUUCAAGCAGAUCAAAAGUAGACAGCAAUCUCAUAAAGUUGUGCUUUUUGGAUAAGAGGUCUGAGCUGGCUCAAAGGGUGAGACCUUUCAAGCAGGUCAAAAGUAGACAGUAAUCUCAUAAAGUUGUGCUUUUUGGAUAAGGAGUCUGAGCGACGUCAAAGGGUGAGACCUUUCAAGCAGCUCAAAAGCAGACAGCAACGGUAUAGAGUUGCGCUCUUUGGAUAACAGGUCUGAGCUAAGUCAAAGGGCGACACCUUUCAAGCAGCUCAAAAGGAGGCAGCAACUUCAUAGCGUUGCGCUCUUUGGAUACGAUAAGGGGCCUGAGCUGGGUCAAAGGGUGGGACCUUUCAAGCAGGUCAAAAAUAGACAGGAAACGCAUAAAGCCACGCGCUUUGCGUAAGAGGCUGGAGCAGAGUGAAAAGGUUGGCGAGACCCUUCAAGCAGGCCAAAAGUAGACGACAGCAAUCACAUAAAGCUGCGCGCUUCGGAUAGGAUGCCUGAGUGGCCUGAGCUGGGUCAAAAGGUGUGACCUUUCAAGCAGGUCAAAAGUGGGCAGCAAUUUCCUAGAGCUGCGCUCUUUGAGUAAGGCGCCUGACUUGACUGAGUGAAAGCGUGGGACGUUACGAGCAGGCCAAAAGUAGGCAGCAGCUUCAUAAAGUAGAUUGCGCUUUUUGAGCAAGGAGCUUGAGCAAAGAAAGGCAAAAGGCGGGACCUCUCAAGCAAGCCAAGCCAAAAGCAGACAGCAGCCCCAUGGCGUUGCGCUUUUUGGAUAGGAUGCCCGAGCUUGGUCAAAAGGUGGGACCUUUCAAGCAGGUCAAAAGUGGGCAGCAAUUCCAGAAAGCUGCGCGCUUUGAAUAACCAAGCUGGCCAGAUCUGGGCCAAAGAGUGAGACCUUUCCAGCAGGUCAAAAGUGGGCAGCCAUUUCAUAGAGUUGCGCCCUUUGAUUGUGGAAGGCCUCUGAGUGAGCUGAUUGAAAGGCUGGGACCUUUCAAGCAGGUCAAAAGUAGAGAGCAAUAUCAUACAGCUGCGAUUUUUGGGUGGGAGGUUUGAGCAGAGUCAAAAGCCGAGACCUUUCAAGCAGGUCACUCAAAAGUAGGCAGCAACUUCAUAAAGCUGCGCCUUUUGGGUAGGGUGCCUGCGCUGGGUCAGAGGGUGAGACCUUCCCAACAAGUCAAAAGGGCCAGCAGCUUCACCGCGUUGCGCCGUUUGGAUGAGGGUCUUGAACUGAGCCAAAGAAAGGGUGGGACCUCUUAAGCAGCUCACAAGUACGCAGUAACUUCAUCGCGCUGCGCUUUUUGGAUCAGAAAAGAAUGGGCGCAAAGGACAAGGCCUCUCGAGUACGCCAUAAGUAACCAGCAAGCCCAUAGGCUGGGGCCUGCUUUCUGAUCAGAAAGCUCAAGCGGCUCACAGAUUGCAUCGCCCAAGCACAUGAAAGCCGCACAGCACUGCUCGCGUGGCGUUGUUCUUGUUCACUUAGAUCAAAGCCCUGAGAUGACGCAUGCCCACACCUCUCGAGAUAGCCAGAAGCAGAUAGGGAAGCUAAGCGAUAGAGCGCAACUUGCCGUAAGCUUGGGAGGGUAAAUGGCUCACACAGAGCACACGCGAAGCAGCUGAAGCGCAGGCAGCAACGCGACACCAUAAAGCUGCGUGAUUUGGAUGGAAAACCCAAAACGGCGCAAAGAGUAAAACCCCGCAAACAGGCCGAGAGUAGAACGGAGCCGCCCCCUAGUUCUCUCCACGGAAAAGAUCCACGGUAGACGUUCUCAUGGUGAGCGGAGUCGGGCGUAGUGCUUCGCCCACUAUGCGGAGAACCGAAAGCGACAAGCCUGGGCCCCCCUCGUGACACUGCCAUGCCAGCCGGAGACGCAACACAAUCCAAGAGUAGGGGACCCACGCCCAAAACCCGGGCCAGGGGGCGCGCGAGGUUCUCAUGGUGAGCGGAGUCGACUGCAGUGCUUCGCCCAGCCACUACGCUGAGAACCAAAAACAGCAGGCCUGGAGUGAUCUGCUCAAGGAUUUGACUCCCGGCGUAUGUAUUUGGUUACCCGUUUGCCUCAUUCGUUCGAAGUAGUUCCUUUUGGGCGUUUCGGGUGCUGCCAGGGCGGGGGUUUAUGUAGCACGUAGUAGCUUGUAGCGCGGGGCUGCUUUGCUUAUUCCAUAGCCCGCCACUCUUUACGUAAUUCGUAGCACGCCGGUAGGCCGUAUGGAUUUUAUGUAACUCGUAGCAUUUGCCAGACCCUUCCGCCCUGCCCCGGCGUGUGUACACGCCGGGGGCACGUGGGCGGUAUUUAUAUAUAUUUAUGGGCGCCUAGAAUAGACGGAUCCUACUUAGCUUGGCCAUUACUAUAAUUCUGUACUUAUAUUCUUUUUGCCUACUAUCCUUCCUUUUUCUUCCUAGUUAGCUUGGCUCCACCCGUAUAUUUAUGGACGAGAGAACACUGAUAUGAUUCCCUGCUUAUUAUGUUGUACUGCUGAAAGUAUUUACUGAGAGAGUACAUGAAAAAAAGGGAAAUUCAAACUUCUCGUGGGAUGCUGUUGCAGGAUAAACAUUCUAAUCUUGGUCGGAUCGACGCAGGCCUGAAUGAUUUAGGCAUGCCUCACCGGACACUGACUGAGAUCCAGUAG